AUGUCAAACACGAAUGGUAUGAAUCCUCCGCUGCUUUUUAAUAACAAUAAAUCUCUUUAUGGAGCAAAAAGUCAAGCAAGUCAAUCAUCAAAGAAAAUUUCACUGAUCGAAGAUAAAACAACGCUUGAGCCAGCACGUGCACAUCGAUCAUCACUCAUUUUAUCUUCAACAAAUGCAAACUAUCAACAAUCAACAUCGAUUAAUAUUCCAACGUCAUCUGAAUGCACAAAUUCACAAAUACAUAAACAAAUUCUAGUUCAAAAACAAGCGUUGGAAUCAUUUGAUCUUAGACAUGCACAUAAUCAUGUUUAUCAAGAAUUAGAUGAAUGGAAAAAUUCUAUGUAUAAUCGUCUACAAUCAAUGAAACAUGAUAAAUUAGCUGAAAAUAAUGAAUCAUAUAACGAAUUAAUCAAACUUCAAAGCAGUAUGAAAAAAUUACUUCAAGAUCAAUUUGUAAAAAAAUUAUUAAUCAUGAAAAGUAAUCCACAAUCAACUGAUUCUGAACAACUUGAUGAAAUGGAACAACGUUUACAACAAAUGAAAGAUACAAUUGAUUUUAUGAAAAACAUUGAUUUUCAACUGGAUUCUUCGAAAAUUCAAAUAACUGGUGAAUUACAAUUAAAUAAAAUGACAGAUUUUAGUAAGCAUCAACCAUUACGUCAUCCUUCACCUUCACCUUCAGCACCACCUCAAUCUUUACCAUCGUUAUUUGAGACAAUUCCUAGAUCUCCUUCACCGACCCCAAUGGAAUGUAAGCCAACACCACCAGUUUGGACAGAUGCAACACGGCAAGGUCUUAAUAAUCUAUCACAUAAUCUUCCAUUUCGUUUAUUAAUACCAAAUUAUGUUCGAGAAGAAUUAAUUAAAACUCUUGAUAUUGAACAAUUCAAUGAUGCAUUGAAACUUUCAUGUCAAUCGUGCAUUGAAUGUAUACUAACUAUUAUAGAUCAACAUGAUAUCGAAGCAUCUAUUGAUAUCUUAACUGAUUUAAUCGUUGCUUUUAAAUGUUCUUCGAAUGAGUAUGAAAUUCGAUUGUUAUUUCAAAACAAAUUUAUACCAAUUAUAACUGGAAAACGUAAUGAACGUCUUGAACGUUUACGUGAUAAAUAUCAACUUGAUUUGGUUAAAGUUUUCCCGCAAACAUGUCCACAAAGUGAUGAAAGAGUUGUACUUUUACGUAGUCAUCAUCAUAGUGACUAUAUUAUCUAUUGUCUUCGAGAAAUUAUUCAAAAUAUCCUUGAACAAGCUCAUUUUACGGAUGAAGAUGUUCAUCAAUCAUAUCCAAUGUAUGAUCCAUCAUUGCAUUAUGAUGAGUCAUGUGCUCAGGAAUACGGUGCUUAUAAACCAAAUGAUACUUGUGAAAUAACAACAAAUAAUAAUAUUACUACUUCAUCGGAAGAUUUAACUGAAUUGAAACAGCGAUCAACUAUUUCAAUGAAUUCAUCGUCGUCAUCAUUGUCAAAGACUCGUUACAAUUAUGAAGAUGCUCCAUUAAACUAUGAUGAUACUGAUACAGAAUCUAAUGAUGAUGACGAUGAAUCAAAACGCUCAAAAUCAAGUGAUGACAAACGAAUUUAUGUUAAAGAAUUAAAUUAUGUUAAAGGAAGACAAGUUGGAUUACUGAUUGGUCCAUUCGGUCAACAUAUCACACAAAUUCGAGAACAAACCGGCGCAAAAAUUCAUUUAACAAACGACGAUAACGAACCAUCAGUAAUUAAAGGAACAAAAAGUCAAAUUCAUCAAGCACUUCGUUUGAUUAAAGAAUGUUUACAGACACAAAAGCCAAUACCAAGAACAGCUUACAAAGGCGGUCGACGUCGUUAA